UCGAGGUAUCCACUAUGACCCCCAAGGUCUCGUUCCUGGUCAUUCAUCACCAGGCUGUCAAAAUGUCAGGUAGUGGAAACUACCAGGAGUUCCAGACUGUCGAAAUGCGGAAGGAGCUGGAAGAGUCAAACAAAGAGAAUUCUGAUGCUGGAAGUGCCUCAGGACCAAACUCUACAACUGCUCCACCCUCUGCUUCCAAGACCAUGCUCUACCCACGACCUUACGCUGACCCCUACGAUUCAAGGAAGUAUUUUGCCACAAGGCCCGGCGCAUUUGAUCAAGCCAUGGAUGACCUGAAGGCCCAUGUGAUGUCAAAUAUGGGAGAGACUGCCCACAGCUUCUGGCUUCUGGCUGAGGUAGAUCACUGGAACAACGAGAAGGAGCGUGUUGCGGUCAUCACAGACUCUGCCCUCCUCAUCUGCAAAUAUGACUUCAUCAUGCUCAAGUGCCUUCAGCUGCAGAGGAUUCCCCUGAGUUACAUCAAUCGCGUCUGCCUGGGUUCUUUCACCUUUCCGGAGAGGUCAUUGGACAAGAGAGAAGGAGAAGGUCUGAGGAUCUUCUGGGACAAACAGCAAGAACCGUCUUUCCUCUCGCGCUGGAACCCCUGGUCCACCGAUGUUCCUUAUGCAACGUUCACAGAGCAUCCAGUGAAGAACAUCAACCAGAGGUUUAGCACCAUCUGCCAAAUACCCACCUUCACUGCUCAGCUGGUUCAAGCAGUUCAGAAUGCCCAAAGAACGGAUCCUGCACCUGGCCAAACUGGCAGGGUCGUUGUAGCCAACGAGCCCAUCCUCAUAGAGACCUACACAGGGCUGAUGUCUUUCCUCGGGAACCGAAACAAGCUGGGUUAUUCCCUCGCUCGGGGGAGUUUUGGCUUCUGAAGUAUGGCGACUUGG